AAUGUUGAAGCCAAAAGCGCUGACACAGGUCCUGAGCCAGGCCAACACCGGAGGCGUGCAGUGUACUCUCCUGUUGAACGGAGAAGGAGCGCUCCUGGCGUACUCAGGAUACGGCGACAAGGACGCACGUGUCACUGCCGCCAUCGCUAGUAACAUCUGGGCCGCGUACGAGAAAAACGGGAGAUCCGCGUUCAACGAAGACUGCUUAGAGUGUGUCCUGCUGGACUGUAAGGAUGGCCGAGUUGCGAUCACACAGGUGGCAAACCUGCUGCUGUGUAUCUAUGCAGAGAAGGCUGUUGGCUUCGGCAUGCUCAAGGCAAAGGCAAAGGCCCUGGCAGAUUACCUGGAGGACCCACUGACACAAGUAGCAGCAUCAUAGCACCAACAAUGGACUGAGUUGGAGAUAACUCAAUACAUUUCGAGAAGUGGGGGGGGGGGGGGGGUAGUGGACUUCUAUAUACAACAAGAGAAACAUAAAUCCCUUCUCAUGAUGGCUUGUAAUACGUAAGUUGUAUGUUGUAUAUUAAUAGCAAAGUUCUUCAUUCGCAUCCAAUAUUGUGGUAUGUAACGUUGCCGAUUCCUAAGAAAUAGUGAAUGGAACUAUGAAUAAUUGAAUCUGGAAUGUCAUUCAGAAUAAUUGACCUGUAACAUUAUAUGUACUUGAGGAUUCCUUGUAUGGUAUGAAAGUCAUUGGGAAUUGAUGUAUGAUGUACAAUUGUACAUGUAUAUGAAGGUGUGUUAGUUAUGAUUAUCAAACAAGUUGUUUACAAUACAUAAUGGUAAAUAAAUAACAAUCUUGUUAAAAA